GCUGACGUUCCAAAGAUCCUGCCUCUAGGAAUUGCUGUGUAUUUAAGAGGGCUGCUCCUUGCCUUUGUGCUAAAUACAGCCUUCAAGUCCAGGACCUGAAAAGAUUGGGAACGAGUAGCUGCUAGUACUAGGUCUGGUGGAAUGGAAUCUAUUGGUUUCAGCUGUGAAAUCGCACUAGAGUAUCAACACUAGACUCUGGGAGGUUUUUUUUCUUCUCCCAGACUUUGCCUCUUGGCCUUUUUCAAGUUCUCAUUCAAGAGAUUAGCAAAAAUGACAAAGAUAAAAGUUGGAAACUGAAAUAGCAUCAAUGUUUCCUUGUUUGAAUGGAUUGUAUUUAUUAUGUGUGUGUUUCCUGUUACGGUAAAUUGCACGCUGCAUAUUCCACGUCUAUCGAGAACGACAGAGGAGGAACAAAAUCAGCUCCAGAGAAUUUAUGUGAGCUGUUUGGCAUUUUUAGUAUUAAGCAAGCCUUUUCUAUGAAGUUGGCUCCUGACAAUGGCAUCUGAGGAGUGCAUUUUUCUCAAUGUGGAAUUGGAUGAUUUUAUUCUCUGCAACAUCUCGACUGCUCAAUAUGCUAAUCUCUCUCUGGUGGGUGAGGACUUCUUUUACUAUAAAUUCCUAUAUGCAAUUCCAACUAUUUAUGGGAUCAUCAUUUUGAUAGGGCUUGUUGGCAACAUCACACUGAUCAAAAUCUUCUGUACUGUGAAGUCCAUGAGAAAUGUCCCUAAUUUGUUCAUCUCUAGCUUGGCUUUUGGAGACUUGCUUCUUUUGCUCACCUGUGUUCCUGUGGAUGCCAGCAGGUACCUGUCUCCUGAAUGGCUGUUUGGUCGGGUUGGAUGUAAACUUAUUCCUUUCAUACAACUAACUUCAGUGGGGGUCUCUGUCUUCACACUCAUGGCUCUUUCUGCAGACAGGUACAAAGCCAUAGUGAGACCAAUGGACAUCCAAGCAUCCCAUGCACUGCUGAAGAUUUGCUUGAAAGCUGCUCUCAUUUGGAUUUUUUCCAUGCUGCUUGCUGCUCCUGAAGCUGUGUUUUCAGACUUGCGUCCUAUUUAUGACAAAGGCACUAAUAAAACAUUCAUCAGUUGCACACCUUAUCCUCUUACCAAUGAGCUGCACCCCAAAAUUCAAUCAAUGGCUUCCUUUCUUAUCUACUACGUCAUUCCCCUAUCAGUGAUUUCGAUCUACUAUUAUUUCAUUGCCAAAAAUCUGAUCCGGAGUGCCUACAACCUACCCGUGGAAGGGAAUGUGCAUGUUAGGAAACAGAUGGAAUCUCGGAAACGCCUAGCCAAGACCGUGCUGGUUUUUGUCUGUAUCUUUGCUAUCUGUUGGCUCCCUAACCACAUCAUCUACUUAUACCGGUCAUACCAUUACUCUGAAGUGGACACUUCUGUCUUGCACUUUAUCACCUCCCUCUGCGCUCGAAUCCUGGCAUUUGCUAACUCUUGCAUCAAUCCCUUUGCCCUCUACUUGCUCAGCAAGAGCUUUCGGAAACAGUUCAAUCACCAGCUCAGAUGUUGCAAAGGCCGACCUCUCAUUCGGUCCCAGAGCACAGGCAGAAGCACCACACGGGUGGCCUCCCUCAAGAGCACCAACCAGUCAAUGGUCACAUUCAGUUUUAUUAAUGGUAACCAACCUCUGCCAUGAUGCACCACAUAUUGAAAGCAGUCAUGCCCAUCCAUUGCUCUCUGCUUGGUGGUUGAGCUAGCAGAGAAAGAGAGGUGCCUGAGACAGUGGCCACAAAAUGGAUGGAAUUCAUGUAGUCCUCCAGGUUUUGUUGAACUUCUACUCCCAGUACUCCUUACCAUUGGCUGGGGCUGUUGGGAACUGCAGUCACAAAAGACCAAGAGGGUUGCAUGAUUCCCAUCUCUGAUAGAAUGCAUGUAAGCAAGUGAUUGAGCAAGGUUUAAUGCAGACUUGAAGACACCUGCCCAUACCUGCACUUUCUUUUUAGGGACUUGCAUUAUAAUAUGCCAAACCCUUUUAAUUGUGUAUUGAUGAUAUUGCAAUCUUGAAUUAAGUGUGGUAAACUGGUCAAUGUAUAAGUAAACAGGUUCUGUUAGCAUGAGAAUACUUGGCAGCUAUAAUCCAAAAAAAUGUUUUCCCAAGAUCCACAGCCCUGUGGUAGCCUCAGUCAGAAGAAUGUGAAGGAAUUAUAGAUCUUUUUGAUAGGUGGAGCUGCUGCAGAUGAGCUGAUCUCAUUUAUUUACUCCUGGAUUAAAUUUGUCUCUCAUUGUGAGGCAGCACUAAGAGGAGAGUUCUACUAUCCCAGUAAAUGUUGGGAGGAAGCUUGCAUAAUUUGUUCUUUAAGGUACAUGAGUUCUGCCUUUUUAAAAUGUGGCCGUCCUGCUCCCCUAGGAUCCAAUGUAAGCCCAGCUGUCCUGAUUUGCUGUCCACUGCCAUUUUAAGACCCUUCGUCCUAAUACUCCUGCCAUGGAAAGAUGUGUCCAUAUCAUCUUUCUAAAGUGGGAGAUGUCUAUACAAAUUGGAAAAGGCUAGUGGCCAAGGCGGAACUGCAGUGCACUAUGGUGCUCAAUUAGAGUGCUUUGAUACCCAUGCUGCCCAAUUAUAGUGCUUUGAUACCCAUGCUGCCCAGUUAUAGUGCUUUGAUACCAUUUUAUCUCCAACCUCGGGAAUCCUGGGAUUUUAUGGUAUCAGAAUGACUCAGAGCCAGGAGAUCUAAUAUUGCACCAUAGGAUGAACAGAGGUGAUUAAAGUGGUAUCUGAAGGCUAUAAUUGUGCAGAGAGGCACACUGCUGCCUUUGUGUGGCCCUCCAAAUAUUGUAGAACUACCGUGUCCAGGUUUCCUUGCCAGAAUAUCCAGGAAGUGAUGCUAAAAAAGUGCAUUUCAACAAGUUCUGGAGAACUGUGUGAUUUUUACUUUGGUCAGCCAACUACAGAGAGCUAAUAUGAUAUGUUGGUUUCUAUGUAGGAGUAAGACUCUGGGAAACUAGACUUUCAAUUCCCUAAAAAGAGGAUUUGUCAAAAAAAAGUUGCUUUUCCAACUCUUGGGGAAAAAAGAUAAGCUUGCAUUAGUCCCAACCUCCAUACAGUCCUUGGCUCCAUCUAUUGCACAUAAAACAAUUUUAUGAUCUCGCACUAAGGCAAUGUUGGGUCAAGUAUAGCCCUGGGACUACAUGUAACCUUUCCCAUGCUGUCCUUGAUCCUUUCAGACUCUCUGGAAUUUCUUUUUUAAAAAGACUGAAAGUGCAUAUAUACUCUCGAUUUAAUGCAGUAUGACAAAACUUUAAUUGCCAUUGUUAAAUGCUAAGGAAUUUGGUGAGGUUUGGCGAGACACCAGCACACUUUCAUAGAUAAAUCGAAUCCCCAAAUAACUCUGCAAAAGUUAAACCUGCAAACGUGUAUAGCACAAUUUAACUGACAAGGCUGUCUCCCUGGGAAUCCUGGGGUUUGCAAUUCAGUAACAGGCACCAGAGGAGCUCUUUUGGUAAAUAUUGUACAUGCCCUUUCCUUGACUGCAAAUCUCAGCAUUCCAUAGGAUGUUGCCAGAGCAGUUAAAAUAAAGCCAUAGCACUACCAUUUGAAAAGGAGCCGCAUCACACUAGAUUUUCUGACUCCUGCAGAAUUCUGGGGCUUGUAGUUUAAGGAGGGUCUUUAAGCAGCUCAGCCAGAGAAGCCCUGGGCCUCACUAAACUAGAAAUCCCAGAAUUCUGCAGGAAGCAGUAACCUGAUUUAAAGUGGAUCCAUGGACUAGUGUGAUGAGCCUGUAAGAGUGAGGAAAGCAGGUCAACAUCAAAUAGACUCGCCAAGGAUCUUGAGUAUUUUUAUUGCAGUAUUAAUUCAUGUUGUUCAAAGAUGUGAAGAGAGUUGUGUUUACUGGGGCUUUUGGCAGCCCCCUUCUGAAAUCAGCAGUAUGUACAGUUGUAUACAGUUUAAAUGUGAAAAGUCAUGCUAUUUCAAUAAGAACCUCAUCAGAUGGAGGCCCAGAAGCCAUGGGACAGUGAAGAACACCAUGAGGUAUACCAUGCCCAGCUUUAUCCCCUUACUGUUGUGUCUCAUGGGCUUCAUUCCACAACGUUUUCUGGCUGUCCCCAGCUUCCUCCUGCACUGUCCUCAGGUUCUUCAAUGAGGCUACAGGUAGUCACCCAUAUCCUCUUUUCUUCCUUUUAGCAUUCUUCCAGGAUAGAGCCCAAUGGAUCCCCACUGGAAGUAGCCCUUUAUCUGUGCUGGGCUCUGGUGGACUCUAUCCUAGCUCCAUCUUGGUAGCAUGCUAAAACGAAGACACCCUCCCCCCACCCCACUUUUAUGAGGUCCUAAAUGUGAGUUUGCCUAUGUUUACAAGUUGAGCAUUUGCUAUAUUAUCAAGUACGGUAGUUGGUGGGACAAAGCACAGCUCUUUCAAAAUAAUAUUUAGUCUCUUCAGGCCCCAUAUUGAUGGAUGUCAUUAUUAUGUCAUACUGAGCAAUGGAUAUAUUUAAGUACAAAGAACAAAUGUAAAGCUAAACAUAGAAUUCUUCUAUUUUUGAGGUCUGUACUGUCAUGCCCCUGUGCUGUGAUUAGUCGUUAAAAACACAACAUCCCUGUUCUGCAGUACAAAACAUCAGACUUAUGCUCCUAAAAUGACUAUAUGAAUGGGUAAAAAUAAGAGUCUUUUAAAACUG